AAGGCCCCCGCCGUGCUGGCCUGUCGGGACUUGUGGGCGAUCUGUUGCGCGGAGCAGGCAGGAAGUUCGGAGGGGUGAGUGAUGCGGCGGGUGGAGCAGGGAAGAGGAGGAGGAGAAGGAAAGGGAGGGUAUGUUUGCUUGGCUGAAACGGCUGGCGAAAGCUGCCAAGACGGAGGUGCAGCGAGCGGUGCAGAGCGUUAAGCAGCAAGGUGCUGCUCAGCUGCAGAAGCUGGGGCAGAAGGGAGGGAAGGGAAUGGUCGUGAGGUCUGGAGGGAGGAACAAGAGUAACACGAAGCAGGCUGGGGAGAAAAAGAAGGGGAAGGACAAGAAUCAGAAGAACAGAAAGGGCUAAAUUACAGUGUUUGAAUUUGACUAGGGAUUGUUUUUUUUUGCAAUCGACUCAAAAUGACGCUUCUUGUGUUACCCUUCUCCUCGGCAAUGUGUUGUAACUUGUAACAAUAUUUAUGUACGCUAUAGCUCUGCAU